AUGCUCCUAUUUCAGAACGAUACAUUCCAUUUUUUAAUUUUCGUUGCUAUUUCCUCGGGAAUUUGUUUGUUCAUCGGUAGUUGGUUUUUGACAAUCGUACCUCCGCCCACGACAACUACUUUCGAGGAGGGAAAUUGCAUUAAUGAAAACAUAAAUAACAUUGAUAAAGAUUGUGACAACAGUCGUCACUCUAACAUAAGUAAUCAUGAUCUCUCUAAUGAAACAACCGCAGAACAAACGCCUCUUCUACAAAAACGCAAAAAUAUUGAACAUCAAGAUCUCAUCAACGAUGAGCCGGAUAUAGGGGGCUGGGAAUUGUUGCAUAACAAAGAUGCAUUACUAUUAAUACUUAUCAUGGUAUUCAUAGGCGGAGCGGGACUGAUGUACAUUAAUAAUUCCAACCAGAAAUUCAACGGCUUCAAAACCUCCACGUUUCCCUCAUAUCCAUAUUCUCAUGCAUUGGUCGAAUAA